CUUCCCCUCAGCCGCGGCAGCCGCCGCCGCGGGGGGAGGAUGAGAGGGCUCCGCGGCGGGGCUGGUGCUGCAGCCGCUUUCGCCUGAUCGGGCCCGGCGGUUCCCCGGCGGCUCCUCCGCGCCGCCUCGCACGUCGCCGCCGCCCCGGGGCGGGCCGUCGGGGCGAGUGGAUGCCCAGCGCCUGCCCGCCCAGCGCCUGCCCGCCGCCUGGCGCCUAGCGGGCACCGCCAGGGCAGAGACCCGCGGACGCCAUGGGCUGCUGCAGCUCCGCCGCGCAGAGCUCCAAGCGAGAGUGGAAGCCUCUGGAGGACCACAGCUGCACAGAUGUACCAUGGCUGCUCUUAUUCAUCCUCUUCUGCAUAGGAAUGGGUUUUAUCUGUGGCUUUUCAAUAGCCACAGGAGCAGCUGCAAGACUGCUUUCAGGAUAUGACAGUUAUGGAAAUAUUUGUGGACAGAAAAAUGUCAAGGUGGAGGGAGUCGUCAACAGUGGUCUGGACCUCACACACAAGAAGUAUGUGUUCUUCUUGGAUCCAUGUAACAUUGACCUGGCACAUCAGAGGAUCAAGUCUCUUGCUUUGUGUGUGUCAGCUUGCCCAAGGAAAGAACUAAAAAGUCUGGCUGAUAUUCAGAAAUUUGCAGAAACUAAUGGAUCCACUCUGUGUAGCUAUGAACUACUGCCAUCAGAAUACACUACAGACCCAAGGGCUGCCAAGUUAUGUCCUAAAUAUCCUGUUCCAGAGAGUGCACCUAUUCCAUUCUUCCAUCGCUGUGCUCCUGUGAACAUUUCCUGCUAUGCCAAGUUUGCAGAGGCCCUGAUCACCUUUGUCAGUGACAGUAGUGUCUUACACAGGCUGAUUAGUGGAGUUAUGACCAGCAAAGAGAUUAUAAUGGGACUUUGCUUGUUAUCACUAGUGUUGUCCAUGAUUUUGAUGGUUAUAAUCAGGUACAUUUCAAGAGUACUUGUCUGGAUUUUAACAAUUCUUGUCAUUCUGGGAUCACUUGGUGGCACAGGAGUCCUGUGGUGGCUCUAUGCUAAGCAACGAGUAUCUGCCAGUGCUGUUGAGACUCAAAUAGCCAAAGACAAUCUUCAGGCUCUCCUGAUCUAUGCCAUUUCAGCGACAGUCUUCACGGUUAUCUUGUUCUUGAUAAUGUUAAUUAUGCGUAAACGAGUAGCUCUCACCAUUGCCUUGUUCCAUGUGGCUGGCAAGGUCUUCAUUCACCUGCCACUGCUAGUCUUCCAGCCGUUUUGGACAUUCUUUGUGCUUAUCCUCUUCUGGACAUACUGGAUCACAGUCCUGCUUUUCCUUGGUACUACAGGUAGUCCUGUCCCAAAUGAAGAAGGAUUUGUUGAAUUUCGGAUGCUGGGUCCUUUGAAAUACAUGUGGUGGUAUCAUGUAGUGGGACUCAUCUGGAUCAGCGAGUUUAUCCUAGCCUGUCAGCAGAUGACAGUAGCAGGGGCUGUUGUGACAUACUAUUUUACAAGGGAGAAAAGGAAUCUGCCAUUUACUCCUAUUCUGGCAUCUGUUAAUCGCCUUGUUUGUUACCACCUAGGAACAGUAGCAAAGGGGUCUUUCAUUAUCACACUGGUGAAGAUACCACGAAUGAUUCUGAUAUAUAUUCAUACACAACUAAAAGGAAAAGAAAAUGCUUGUGCUCGCUGUAUGCUUAAAGCCUGCAUCUGCUGCCUUUGGUGUCUAGAAAAGUGCCUGACGUACUUAAAUCAGAAUGCAUAUACAGCCACAGCUAUCAACAGCACCAACUUCUGCACCUCAGCAAAAGAUGCCUUUGUUAUUCUAGUGGAAAAUGCUUUGCGAGUGGCUGCCAUAAACACAGUUGGGGAUUUUAUGCUGUUUCUAGGAAAGGUCCUGAUUGUCUGCAGCACAGGUUUGGCAGGGAUUAUGUUGCUGAAUUACCAGCGAGAUUAUACCAUCUGGGUGCUGCCACUCAUCAUUGUCUGCCUCUUUGCAUUCCUGGUUGCUCACUGCUUCCUUUCCAUUUAUGAAAUGGUUGUUGAUGUCCUUUUCUUAUGUUUUGCCAUUGACACAAAAUACAAUGAUGGGAGCCCUGGGAGGGAAUUCUACAUGGAUAAAGUUCUCAUGGAGUUUGUGGAGAAUAGUAGGAAAUCUAUGAAAGAAGCUGGCCGGGGAGGUGGAGCUGAGGGCAGAGAGCUAAAACCAAUGGUAGGUGCAGGUGAGGAGGUGGCGAUCCUCCAAGAGUUUCACUUUUACUUCUUCUCCCUCUUUGUCUUUACUGACUGCACUUCUUCAGGAGAAGUUUUUGUUUUCUGUAUCACUCAAGAUGUUCUGCUUUUUCUGUUCGUGAGCUUGCCUAUCACCUGGAUGGCAGAGUUUUUGUCACAGCUGAGACCAUCUCCUGUAAAAGUAAGAUGAAAGGAACUGUCAUAUGAAACAAAUGCAGUAUAAUUUCAUUAGGAUUAGUAGUGCAUGCUAUGUGGUAUACACAGACAGCCCCAAUUGCUGAGUAAUCUUAAAAUAAGAUGGCUCUGGAAUUCAUUGGGCUAUUCUGACUUUAAUUCUCUUUUCAGCCCUGAGCUGAGCAAUUUUUGUUCAUCUUAUGUUCACUGUAAAAGCCUGAAGAACACUACUGAGCACAUCCAGUGUUGCAAAGUAGGACCAGGCUUAUUUAAAGCUCUCACCAAAUUAUUUUAUACAGUAAUGAGGAAUUGGAUACAGUGAUUCCUUUCAACCUGCUCAAAUGACAUUUCUCCCAGUUGUUUGUUUUUAUUGCCAACUACUUAUGUUGCUUGUCUCUUGUGUGCUCUUUCCAUCUCACACUGUCGGAUACACAGACAGUGAACAAUGCAUCAUUUAUGCUUCUGCAGCCUGUUUUACUUAUGGUGUGCCUGUUAGGAAGGCAUUGCAUGUUAUGAGUAGCCUGAAAUAAGGAACAGGAGGUACAGGUAACAGAUAGGAGUAUGAGUUUGGAAGGUGCAGAACUGAGACCGUAUGAUGGAGAGCCAGGCUGGGCAAGGUAUGACUUGUCAUCGUGCAGUAUGACUUUGUGAAGUAAAAUAUUUUUCCAUCAUUACUUUCUCAGAGUAUUUGAGGCCUGACUCAGUUCCUUACCAUGGAGACAAUUUUUUAACUUAAUGGAAUCUAAAUAAGUGUAUGCUAACAGUAGCAUUUUUUUCAAUGAUGUAUGUGAAGCCAUGUUGCAUGAGCACUUUUUGACCAACCUGGAAUGAGUUCCUGCAGUAGAGUGGAUAGAUGUGUAGCUUUGUGUGUUCUGCUGUUUCAUUAUAGCGUAUCAGUUUCUGUAUUUGCUUAUGCCUAAAUGCUGCUGUGUUUAUACAUCUAAAAAACUAAUUCUAUGCUCAUUUACUGUUUUCUUCUGGGAGUAAUUCUAGCUGUUCAAAGCAACACUAAUGUUGGAAUUUUCAGUGGUCUAAACCCUGUAGAUUUAAAGCUGCCAUUAAAAUGAUUGAGAAUUGGGUGUGCAAACGCUGUAGUCAAAUGCACAAAAAAUCUCCUUGCAAAAUUUUAUUUUAACAUCUAAUUCAAACAACUCAUUUACCUUAAGUGGUUUUCCAGUUAUGCUCUCAUCAGUGCUAGCACAGAUUAUAUUAUAGUUGUAUAAGCACUUAUACUUCUGUACUUGACUGCCUAAAGCUUGGAUGAUAAAACCUUUACUCACAUCCCACCUUGUAAAAGGGCAAACCAAGUACUUUCAUAGGCAGGGUGGUCCUGUUCUUGGAACUUGAUGCCAGGGGCUUGAGCCUGGCACUGGCUGAAAGUCCUCCUAGGACUGAUGGAGAAGAUGCUGAGCACUUGGGGCUCAGCCUGAAUGUCACCUGCUGAAUUACUCCCAGUUCUUCUGCUCGUGUGAUUGUCUUGUUUGGAACUGAUUGGGCCUUGUUUUCUCAAGUGGUCUUCCAUUUUUUGGUGUUCAGCUCUGGUUGAAUAAAUUUCUGAAAUACUAGGAUCUCCCUUCCUGACAAGGACAGGAUACAGCAGUUACCUUCAUGAAAUUUCUCAUACCUUUCCCUAAAAGCAUUGAUAAAGCCCUCAGUUACAUCUGGAAAAGCAUCAUUGAUAGGUCUGUUCUCCUAUCUCGUAGCACCUAUAAUCCCAAAAUUCGGAGUCUGAAAAUGAGAUGAUUUUUUUUCUUUUUUUCCCCCUUU